UUAAAGCAAUGAGAAAGGAGGGAGGGAGAGGGUAGGAGAGCGAGGAACCGGCAGCAGAGGAAGAGAGGGAGCUUUUGAACUCCCAGUAGCUGUCAGGAUUUUCGGCUCUCCUGCACACUCUCUCCUCCCCCAUUGAGCGCUGUCUCUCUGCACUGCAAACACUGACUCACACACACAUCGCGGAGCUCUAGCGGAUGGCCUCGUUUACACACACCAGGUGUGUGGAGCAGCGCUGAAGACGAGCCAAACACACUCACACAGCGCCAUACAUGGAGCAAACUUUAACUCUCAACUCUUCUGCUGCUUCUUCAGAUGGUGACUAUGGUGGAGUUCAGCUGCAGGGAUGCUGCAGCCAGAGCAGCCUGAACAGCAAUGGCAGUCUUCCAGGAGCAGGAAGCCAUCGAGGGGUUCCGGAGCAGCGCGUGGCCAGCUGGGCUGCCUGCUUUGAGCGUCUCCUCCAGGAUCCAGUGGGCGUGCGCUACUUCUCGGAAUUUCUAAAGAAAGAAUUCAGUGAGGAGAAUAUCUUGUUCUGGCAGGCCUGUGAAUACUUCAGUCAUGUUCCUGCAACUGACAAAAAGCAGCUGUCCCAGAGAGCAGGGGAGAUCUACAACAGUUUCCUGUCCAGCAAGGCCACCAUGCCCGUCAACAUUGACAGCCAAGCCCAGCUGGCUGAUGACGUCCUCACCUCCCCGCGGCCCGACAUGUUCAAGACCCAGCAGCUACAGAUCUUCAACCUGAUGAAGUUUGACAGCUAUUCAAGAUUCCUCAAGUCCUCCCUUUACCAGGAGUGUAUGCGUGCUGAGGUUGAUGGUCAGCCCUUGCCUGACCCCUACCAGAUCCCCUGCAGUCCUGCGCCAUCCAAACACAGUGCCAGCUCUGACCGCUCAACCCUUUCCACUCCGAAAAAGGAGGCCAGAAAGCAGAGGUCAGGGAGGUCACUGAAUGAAGACAGCAGAGAUGAAAGCGCUGACAAGAAACGUGGGAUCUUCUCAUGGUCCCGUAACAGGAGCUUUGGAAAAGGUCCAAAGAAGAAGGAAAUUGGAGACAUUAACCUUGACUACUGGGGCAGUAAUGGGCGGAGGGAGUCCCAGGGCUCCUUGUCAUCCGGCACCAGUCUAGAGAUGGCCACUUCCUGCUCUGCUGGCAAGAUUGAGUCUGAUAAUCGCCACUCAGUCGGAGUCUGGGAACGCUCUUCUAAACAUUGCAGUGUGAUUCUGCCCAGCGGUUCCUGCUCUUCUAUAACUCUUCGGCCCGGCGCCUCCAUUAGAGAUCUCCUCCACGAUCUUUGUCACAACAUUAGCGUCAACAUUGCAGCCGUCGACCUCUUCCUGGUGGGAGGAGAGAAGCCUUUGGUGUUGGACCAAGACUGCAUGACCCUCAGCUCACGAGACCUAAGACUGGAAAAGCGGACCUUGUUUAGAUUGGAUCUGGUACCCAUUAACCGCUCCGUGGGCCUGAAAGCCAAACCUACCAAACCAGUCACUGAGGUCCUACGUCCCGUGGUGGCCAAAUAUGGCCUCCACCUCAGCGAUCUUGUGGCCAAAAUAAGCGGAGAAACUGAGCCUUUGGAUCUGGGUGCCCCCAUAUCCAGUUUGGAUGGCCUACGAGUUGUGUUGGAGCGAACAGACCCAGCUUCAGGGAAAGACAAAUCCAAGUCUUCCUCCCUAAAAAGCCACCCUCCUACCAGGAGUUUCUCUGCAACGGGAGAUGAGAGGUCAACACCAAAGGACUUUUCUGUGAGAGCAAGUGGACCAGACUCAGCACUUCCAGGGGAAAAGAGAAAACAGAAAAAGAUUAAUAUAGAUGAAGCUGAAGAAUUCUUUGAGCUGCUGAGCCGGGCACAGAGCACCCGAGCCAACGACCAGCGGGGACUCCUGAGCAAAGAAGACCUGGUGCUUCCCGACUUCCUGCGUCUGACCCCAUCCACCUCCUCCUCCUUCAUCUCCGACUUGGCCUGCUCCACUCCUGAAUCCCUAAAACAGAGCCGAGAGAACGGCAUCUCUUCACGGGGUCCCCUCACCUCCAGCCUUCGUUCGGAAAGCCUGGACUCCUCCCCCAGCUCCAGUGCCAAUGGACACUCCGGAACCAGGCGGUGCCUGCUGCCCCCUCCUCGCCACCCAUCUUUCGGCACCCACCUGUCCCCCAUCCCCCGGCCCUCAGACACCCGGCCAAGCCUCCGCACCGUGGAGGAGGACACCCACACUGACCUGACACUUGUGGGUGAGGGCGACAUCAGCAGCCCCAACAGCACAUUGCUGCCUCCGUCACCAUCCCCCAUGCCGUCCUUCGAGAGUAGCCUGCCUGAAGCCAACUUCACCCCACCACCAACCUGCUCCCAGUCUCAAGACACAGGUGGAGAAGGAAAGUCAAGUUCAGAAGGAAGAACAGAAACAACUCCCAACAUCAAUUCACCCGCCGCCCGAGCCGAGGCCGCACCGAGGGUUCAGGAGGUGAUGGAUGUGGAGGGAGUGCAUCUAGAGGAGGGAACACCGGAGACAUCCCAGGGAGAGGAUCCUGAACUCAGCCUGAGCUUCCAGGGCUAUGUCGCCGAGCUGCGGCAGUGCCAGAGCAAGAUGAGGAACGCCCAGAUGCCCCCGAAUGGGCGCAAUCCACCAGAGGACAAGGACUGCAAUACUGACCUUUUCAAGGCCACGAUUGUCUGAAGGGAAUCCCCACUGCUGCACUUUUUAAGCCCGAGGCACUGUCUUUAGAAAGAGACUUGGUCUAACGAUGGGCUGCAUGUAAAAAGCUGUCAUUUUCCACUCCAAAAUAACAACAUUAUGGUGAUAGAUAUUGUAUAUUUCUUAUGAAUUCCCUACAUCUUCCUGUUGAUUCUUAGUACUGGUCGUAAUUUUGGGACAGUGACACAUUUUUGUUAUGGUAUAGUUUAAUAAUAAUUAAGCACAGAGCAGUUCUAUUAUGAGCCACGUUAGAUCGAGGAAAACCAUGGAAGAAGCUUGAAACACACUUUUGGGUACCGUUUUCAAAUGAGGCAUACAUUACCAAUUGUUCAUAAGUUGUAAUUAAUGGGUUUAUUAUAAGCCAUUGCCUGCAUAUAGGCCUCUACUCCGUUACAUCAUUGAACAAUAUGUAUCGGCCAAAGGGAUUAACCAUUAACUAAGCUAUUUAUUACAAUUUGUAGACAUGUCAUAAAGUUUGACAAAAAGAUCUGAACUCAGUGUCCACUUACUUGAUUUUUCCACCAGCCUUCUGCUAAGGAAGACUGUGAGAUGCAGUGAAAAGCUCCAGAAAAAGCUAGUAAAUGUUCCUUUAUUUACUAAUUAUCUCUAAAGCAUUACUUAAUGAUUUGUUAACCAUGAAUUAAUUUAUUAGUUACAAUUAAUUAAGCUAUAAAUUGCUUUAUAAAGUGUGCCCUAUUACAAAGUGGUACCCACUGUUGUUGGACCAUAUGUCAGGCAGGACCCUGUUUAUAGGAUCAAAUGGGAGGCAGAUCACAAUUUUCUUUGGAUAUUUAACAUUUUCCUGUUUAUAUCUUCUUCCUUAUGUUUUACACAUAAAACAUGAGAGUGACUUUAUUGCCUGUACUUCCUACUUCUGUGGUUUUGAGG